AAUUACUGGAUGGGACUUCAGUGGUGUAUUGCCAUCAGCCAUCUUGUAGCUUCAGAUAAGACUUCAGCAGAUGUGAUAGGAAGAAAUGGAGCUUUUGCUCUAGCCCUAGAGGUGUUUGCACUGCCAUGGAGGAGUCUGUAAUUGCCCUGGUGCUUUCACUGUUAUUCUGGAAAAGCUGUUGUAAUCUGCUGCACCUAUUUACUGCCUGAGAGAUUUCUCUCCUCUUCAGCCGCUGAGUAUCUGUAAAAGAAAUCAAACUGGGGCAUUGCUAUCUCCACACUCCUCAUAAGGGAGAAGUGUUGAGGGAGUAGCAGUGCUCUCUUAACAGCCUUCCCUCAGUUUGUUCUUCAGUCAAGCUGUUCUGUUGAAGCUAAACCUCAGAAAAGCUUCAUAUUUAUGUUUGUUUGUUUAAUUGUUGAGCAGGCUCCGACGGGGGCGAGGCUGCCCAGGAUGUCCAACUGCCUGCCAAAAUAAUUGACCAGGGUGGUGCUGAGCCACAAGCUCAGGGCUCUGUUUAUCUUCACCUUUAAGUUAAUGUCCUUUGCCUCCAUCAUGUUGUACUGGAGAAUCACGGAGGACCCUAAGGGCAGGGGCCAGGUCUACAGUUUGCCUGUUGAGAUCCGCUGUGCUCACUCUGUGCCUUCUCCUCCCCACGCCAUGGCUGGUGGACCCUCUCCUUCCCCAGGGGAUGUGUUUUUUGUGGAGACCUCGGAGCGAACUGACCCAAGUUACCUGUUCACAUGCUCUGUGGAGUCAGCAGCCAGGACGCACCCUGGGACAAGGGUCGUGGUGCUCAUGAAAGGUUUGCCUAGUGGGAACGCCUCAUUACCCAACCACUGGGCAUUAUCCUUGCUGAGCUGCUUCCCCAACGUGGAAAUCCGGCCACUGGACUUGACGGAGCUUUUCUCAGGGACACCUCUGGCAAAGUGGUACUUGCAGGCUCAGCAGCGCUGGGAGCCUUAUUUCUUACCUAUCCUGUCUGAUGCCUGCAGAAUCGCCAUCAUGUGGAAAUUUGGUGGCAUCUACCUGGACACAGACUUCAUUGUGCUUAAGAACUUAAAGAACCUCACCAAUGCGCUUGGUACCCAAUCCAAGUAUGUACUGAAUGGGGCCUUUCUGUCCUUUGAGCCCAAACACAAGUUCAUAGAGCUUUGCAUGCAGGACUUUGUGGAUAACUACAACAGCUGGAUCUGGGGGCACCAGGGCCCACAGCUCCUAACACGUGUCUUCAAGAAGUGGUGCUCCAUCAGGAGUCUUCGGAGCAGUACAAGCUGCAAAGGAGUGAGUGCUCUGCCCCGUGAGGCUUUUUAUCCCAUUCGGUGGCAGGACUGGAAGAAAUACUUUGAAGUGGUGAGCUCCUCGGAGCUUCACCACCUCUUUAAUAACACCUACGCGGUGCAUGUGUGGAACAAGAAGAGCCAAGGGACAAGGCUAGAGAUCACAUCCCAGGCUUUGCUGGCUCAACUGCAUUCUCACUUCUGCCCUGCCACGUAUGACAUCAUGAAGAAGGACUCUGGACGGCAGUGA